AUGGGCUACAUCGGCGUCUCCCUCAUCCUCGCCUCUGUUGUCUGGGUCAUCGUCGCGCCCCCGCCAUGGAUACACCCCUUCAUGCCGCCCUUCCUCCUGGCGUGGCAGCACCCAAAGGCCCCGCCCGCUCUGCCGCCCUCGCAAAGACCGAAGUCCGGGCCCCCAACGCCGGGAAGCGAUGACUCGACGAAGCAGAACGGCCACGCGCCUGAGCUCCCGAAGGACGAGCACGAGCAGCGACAGCAGCCGCCACCCCGCGAUGCCCCUUCGACGCCGGCCCUCAAUGUCCCCGAGGACCAUCCCGUUGCCGCACCCUCGUCCCUCAAGACCGUCCAUGACCGCGCCUCGAUGCCUCCACCCCCUCCUCCGCCAGUCAUCCGCCGCUCGUCCCCGACUCCCGCACCUCCGCCCCCCAUCCUCGUCGACCCCGAAUCUGAAGAGCAAACGACGCCCAAAGCCAAGCCCUACGUCUCCGCGCCGCCCGUCCCGUCCUUCAACCUCGAGGAACCCUCCCAAGCGCCGCCACCGUCUUUGUUCCCUGCCAGCACCGCCGCAGCCCCGGGCAGAGGAAGCAUGCCCCCGCCCCCGGCGCCCUCCUCCAACGUCAACAUGAUGCCGCCGCCCCCCGCCCCCCGCGGCCCGGCGGCCCCGCCUCGCCUUGCCGCCUUCCCGGCCCUCAACUCCCCCCAACGCGCACGCGGCCCCGUCCCUAACCGCGCCCCUCCUUCCUCCUCCUCCCUUGGCUCAUCCCUCGCGCCGCCGCCUACCCACUCGGCCAAGGCCCCAAAGCCCACCCGCAAGGUCAUCCUAACCCCGGGCCACUCUCCGCUCGACUGGGCGCGCAUCUCAGGCCCCAACGCCGACUUGCGCAACCUCCCCGCCGACACCCCCUACCUCAAGGUCACGCCCUCGACCCUCAAGAAGAUGACGGGCCGCAAGGGCAAGGACGCCUGGAUGGCCCUCGGCGGGAGGGUCUACAACAUCACCCCCUACCUGCCCUACCACCCGGCUGGCAUCCCCGAGCUGCUGAGGGGCGCGGGACGGGACGGCACCAAGCUGUUCGGCGAGAUCCACCCCUGGGUCAACUACGAGACCAUGCUUUCCGCCUGUCUCGUCGGGCUCUUGGUCGAGGAGGACGAGGGUUCCAAGCCGAGCGCGAUGGACGAGAUGGACUAA